CGGAGUCCUGGCCGCAGCCAGACGUUCCUAGCAGGCGCUUCUGUAAAGGCAUGUUUUAAUCCGACGUGCGUUCCUCCUCGGAGAUCAUGGAUUUAAAGAAGAAGCCAAAAGAUACAGAUCCGGAGAAAACAUCAAAGGCAAAAAAGGGGCUGUUCUCUGGAUUACACCUACACAAGAAGAAGAAGAAAGGCGACAAGGGAUUAACAAUCGCAAACAAGGGUGCACUCGACACGCAUGAUGAUACAGAGAGCGCUCAUGGAGAUGCCACUGGCGGUGACAUGGGGGCGAGUAACGAGAGUUUAUUUAGUGACCUGUCCGCCUCGAGCACCUCUCUUUCUUUGGCUUCGCAGAAGAAAAGGUCAAAGCUGGUACCCAAGAUUCACGAUGGAGACACAAGGAUCCAAACCUACCAGUUAAGUAUACAGAACAUUGCGAUAACAAUCACAGAAGCCAGGCAGCUGAUUGGUGAAAACAUCGAUCCCGUUGUGAUCAUAGAGAUCGGAGAUGAAAAGAAGCAAACGUCAGUUAAAGAAGGAACCAACGCCCCAUUUUACAACGAGUAUUUUGUUUUUGACUUCAUCGGGCCGCAAGAGCAACUAUUUGAUAAGAUUAUAAAGCUGUCUGUUAUGCACAACAAAUUAAUCGGAAGUGUUUUGAUUGGCUCUUGCAGACUUGAUUUGGGGACUGUUUAUAAUGAGCCAGGUCAUCAGUUCUUUGACAAGUGGGCUGUCCUCACAGAUCCGGCCGACAUUAGGACCGGGGUGAAAGGCUACCUAAAAUGUGACAUUACCGUCGCCGGCAAAGGAGACAGCGUGCAGUCCUCCCAGAAAAUCAGCGACUCGGAGGAACAAAUCGAAAAAAAUUUGCUGAUUCCUAAAGGUUUCCCAUCGGAGAGACCAUGGGCCAGAUUUUAUGUCAGGAUCUACAGAGCAGAAGGUCUCCCGAAAAUGAACUCGAGCAUCAUGGCUAAUGUCACAAAGGCUUUCAUUGGAGAUAGCAAGGAUCUGGUCGAUCCCUACGUAGUAGUCAUGUUUGCCGGCCAAAUGGGAAAAACCACAGCGCAGAAGAAUUGCGCGGAUCCAGUGUGGCACGAGCAGAUAAUAUUCAAGGAAAUGUUUCCACCUUUGUGUCGGAGAGUAAAGAUCCAGGUGUGGGACGAGGGCAGCAUGAAUGAUGUGGCUCUGGCGACGCAUUUCAUAGACUUGAGAAAGAUUUCUGAUGAGCAAGAUGGAGACAAAGGCUUUCUUCCUACAUUUGGACCGGCUUGGAUUAACCUGUACGGUUCACCUCGUAAUACCACGUUGAUGGAUGACCACCAAGAGCUCAACGAGGGUCAUGGAGAAGGGGUGUCGUUCAGAGGACGGAUCUUGAUUGAAAUUGCUGUCGAGAUUCUUUCUGGAGGGGCGCACGAAUCCAAAUUUUCUAAGAUCAUCAAGGAUAUUAAACUCCCACUUAAGGACUCCAAGUCAUCCAAGGGUUCAGGAAAAGAAAAGGGAGAGAAAGGGUCGGAAGAGGGUAAAUCUUCUUCUGCCACAGACAAGACAAACUCUACUCAAGUGGAAGUAGAACCUUUUGAUGUACCUCCAGAGAUUCAAGAAGAGAAAUUUGAGGAUUUUCUUCUCUUUGGAUGCUUUUUCGAAGCCACUCUAAUCGACAGGAAGAUAGGAGAUAAGCCGAUAAGUUUUGAAGCUACUGUGGGUAAUUUUGGCAACGUUCUGGAUGGAGUGUCACCGUCCGGAAGCAAAAAGAAGCAUUCGGCAGCUGAGGAGGAGGAGAGCGCACCACUGCUGCACGCCGAUGAAGGAGACGCUCUUACCCAAGAAAUGUCCAUGUCCUUUAGAUCCAUGACUGCCCCCGAGAAGCCAGUUAUAACAGAGGGGAACAGGAACUAUCACUAUUUGCCGUUUCAUGAAAAAAAGCCCUGUGUCUAUGUGAAAAGUACAUGGGGGGAUCAGACCUUUCGACUGUACACUUCCAACGUCCUUCAAAAAAUGGGAGAUCACCUGGAGAACGGUUUAGAGAAAGUUAAAGAACUUAUCAAGAUCUCUGAUUUUGCCCCAGAAGAGAAGAUGAGAGAAGUUCUAACGGAAUUUAUCAACACAAGCAGAAAUUUUAUCGCUGCAUCCGAAAAGAAAACCAAGAUGCCAAACACCACAGCGCUGGAUAAGAAAAGGGUAGUGCUCUGCAAGCAGGAGCUGGAAGCCAUGUCGAACGAAGCUAAACCAAUCGUACAGCAGAAGAAAAAGAUGUCAAUUAAUGAAAUGACUCAAAAAAUACAGAGCUUUAUCGACAAUAUAAAAUUUUUGGUGGAUGAGCCGCAGCAAACGGUUCCCGAUGUGUUCAUCUGGCUUCUCAGUAAUAACAAGCGCGUUGCUUACGUCCGUAUCCCGGCCAGGGAUAUUCUGUACUCUCCGGUCCUUGAAGAGAAAGGUCAUCACUGCGGGAAAAUUAAAACCCUCUUCUUCAAACUACCAGGAAAACGAGGACCCGGCUGGUACAUUCAAGCAAAAGCCGACGUAUUCCUGUGGCUGGGAUCCAGCAAAUACUCCCAUGCCAUCUUCGAAAACUUACCUACGGGAUACGAAAUGGAAACACACCCAGCACCUACAGGACAUCAUGGACCCCCACCACCUGGAAGCCUGGUCUACAAAACACAACACACGUUCCAGCUCCGAGCCCACAUGUACCAAGCCAGGGGACUGAUCGCGGCAGACAGCUCUGGGCUUUCGGAUCCAUUUGCCAAAGUAACGUUUGUGUCACACUGCCAAACCACCAAGAUCAUUAACCAGACACUGUCUCCAACCUGGAACCAAAUGCUUCUCUUUAAUAACAUUACGCUCUAUGGGGACCUCAAAGACAUCGCAGAUGACCCUCCGAACCUUGUCAUAGAAUUGUAUGAUGAUGAUGCGCUGGGCAAGCCGGAAUACCUUGGAUCCACCGUCGCAUCCCCAACCGUGACACUCGCUGAGCAGACCUACACUCCAGCAAAACUAGCCUAUUAUCCGAUAUUCUGUGGGAACAUCUCUGGCGGGGAUCUUCUCGCUGCAUUUGAAUUGUUACAGGUCUCUGAGUCUGGAGUUCAGAGUCUACCCCCAAUCGAAGCCCCCGAUGUUGCCCAGAUCUACCCCGUCCCAUCAGAUAUCCGGCCAGUCCUGAGCAAAUACAGAGUAGAAGUUCUCUUCUGGGGAGUCCGGGAACUGAAGAGGGUGCAGCUUCUUUCCGUUGACCGUCCCCAGGUGAUGAUAGAGUGCGCGGGGAAGGGGGUCAAGUCUUGCGUUAUCCAGAGUUACAAGAACAAUCCAAACUUCAACGUUAUCGGCGACUGGUUUGAAGUGGAACUGCCCGAGAACGAAGUCCUGCAUCCCCCGCUGAGUGUCUGCGUCGUGGACUGGAGAGCCUUUGGUCGUAGCACGCUGGUUGGAACGCACAUGAUCAACUGUCUGAAGCAGUUUUUGUACAAGCCGACUGUGUCCGACGCGCCGGCCGUUUUAGAGCCAGAGGUGGACAGUGCCCCGGUAGAGACUGGUGCCCCUCAGUAUGAUACUCCUGACCAGGGGGAGUCAGCAGACCACAUCUACGUGGACGUGGAGUCACCUGCUGUACAAGGUGACCCGUCUGGUCCAGCUCCAUCUCAGGAUCCUUCUUCAGGUCCAUCUUCUGAUCCAGCUCCAAGCCCGUCGCCCAGCCCCGAUCAGGACCCUGCUGCAGAUGACUCUUUGUUAAAUGUCAAAAAAUCAAAGGCAACAUUCAAGUCUCCUUUGAAAAAAGACACUAAACAACAGGCACUAGUGAGAGGGUCUACCAGGCGGUCUACUAAGAAGAAAAAGAGAACAAUUGCAGAUGAAUCGGCUGAGAAUGUUAUCGACUGGUGGUCAAAAUAUUAUGCAUCACUGGAAAAAAUGCAAAAGGCAAAAGCCUCCUCUGCAAACGCUGAAGCAGGUGACACAACUGAUAAAACCCCGGGACAAGUGACUUUAGUCAUUGAAGAAGAUCGAGAUAAAAAGAAAAAGGACGGCAAGAAGGGUAUGGAAGUUCUUAAAAAGAAGCCUAAAGAAGAUGAACCUAAACUUGCAACAUUACAGAUUUAUGAUAAUGAACUUGAGGGCGAAUUUCAGAAUUUUGAAGACUGGGUCCGCACUUUUGAACUCUUGAGGGGCAAAUCCACGGAUGAGGACCACAGUGUUCACGAUGAUAGGGUUGUUGGCAAAUUCAAGGGUUCUUUCAGCAUCUACAAGAGCACAGAUGACUCCAGCUCCAUGGAUAACGGGCAGUUACGGAUUCUUCAGGGGCUUCCCCAGAAUCACUCAGUCAAAGUCCUUAUAAGAGUUUAUGUCGUGGCAGGGUUUAACCUCAGUCCAGCAGAUCCGGAUGGUAAAUCUGACCCAUAUAUAGUUUUAAGAUUGGGCAAGACUGAAAUAAAAGAUCGAGAUAAGUACAUCCCCAAACAGCUGAAUCCAGUGUUUGGAAGAUCAUUUGAAAUACAAGCCACUUUCCCGAAGGAAUCUCUGCUAUCCAUCCUGAUUUACGACUACGAUCUGAUCGGAUCAGACGACCUUAUCGGAGAGACAAAAAUUGAUUUGGAGAAUCGUUUCUACAGCAGACACCGGGCAACCUGCGGACUGCAAAGUCAAUACGAAAUAGAAGGGUACAAUACCUGGCGAGACUCCACUAAACCAACGGAGAUCCUGACCAAGUUGUGCAAAGACAACAAAUUAAGCGGCCCGUUCUUCCGCCCAGGCCAGAUACAGGUCGGAAGCAAAAUCUUUACCGGACAAACCAUUUUUGACCAAGAUGAUGAGAAAGUCGAAUCUUACGAGCACCUUGCUCUGAAAGUCUUGCGUUCUUGGUCUGAUAUUCCAGGAGUUGGAUGUACUCUCGUUCCCGAGCAUAUUGAAACCAGGGCUUUAUACCACCGAGAUAAACCUGGAAUUGAACAGGGACGUAUUCAGAUGUGGGUAGACAUGUUUCCCACUGAUUUACCGCUCCCAGGACCUCCUGUUGAUAUUUCACCUCGGAAACCAAAAGGAUACGAACUGAGAAUAAUAAUCUGGAACACUGAAGAUGUUAUUUUGGAAGAUGAAAAUAUCUUCACUGGGCAGAAAUCAAGUGAUAUUUAUGUUAAAGGGUGGUUGAAGGGCCUUGAGGAUGACAGCCAGGAGACCGACGUCCACUACAACUCUCUAACCGGCGAAGGAAACUUUAACUGGCGUUUCGUGUUCCCGUUCCAUUAUAUGCCGGCUGAAAAGCAAAUGAUAAUCAGUAAACGGGAAAACAUUUUCUCCUUGGAGAAAACCGAACGCAAAAUACCAGCCGUGCUCGUCCUCCAAGUCUGGGAUUUCGACAGGCUCUCUUCUGAUGACUUCUUAGGUUCUAUGGAGCUAAAUCUUAACGGGUUUCACCGAGGAGCCAAGGUCGCAAAGAGUUGUGACUUGGGUAUGACGGCUCCCUUGAAGGACGAAAAUAAAAUUUCCAUCUUUCAUCAGAAGCGUAUCCGGGGCUGGUGGCCUUUUGUGAAAUCCGGUGAACUCACUGGUAAAGUUGAAGCAGAAUUUCACUUAGUCACAGCAGAGGAGGCUGAGAAGAAUCCGGUCGGACGGGCGCGAAAAGAGCCAGAGCCGCUAGAGAAACCAAACCGCCCGGACACCUCCUUUUCCUGGUUUAUGAAUCCUUUCAAGUGCCUGUAUUACCUAAUCUGGCGGAAUUACAAGAAGUAUAUCAUCAUCGGCUUAGUUUUAAUCAUUCUUACCCUUUUCCUCGUCUUGUUCUUCUACACCUUGCCCGGUGCCAUCAGUAACAGAAUUCUAACUGGAUAAAUGAUCUACCUAUCCUUCUGAUGGCUCCAUCUACAUACACCAGAGCUGGAGAAACAGAUUAUCAGGGCGCACACGGUUAACGCACAGCCCGGGGUUCACAGAAAGCCUUCCUGUGCUGAAAACAAUUGAAAAAAAUUACUUUACCUCAAGAGUCUAAUCAAUCAAUGGCAAUCAGAGAAGCUGCUCGUAGACGCUCUCCUACCAUUAAAUUCUUGCUGCUCAUUUUCUAUUGAUUGGACAAGUACUUCUCACAGCAAUUUAUUACGGAAAUACACGAGAAAGAUUUGUAGCGUUUCAUGUUGUAUUUAAUUGCUUGAUUUUUUUUUUUUUAGAAGAUUCCCUAAAAUAAUAAAGCUUGUUACAUACGGAAACUGCUGUUUGAGAGCCUUUAUUUGAACCGUAACAAUGUCAGUUGAAAACGUAUUUGCCCGAUUUCUUCUAUUUUUACAUAUUUGUCACACUUAAAUGUUUCAGACCUUCAAAAUAACCAGAGUAAACACAAAAUGCAGUUUGUAAAUGAUGACUUCAGAUAAGCAAUCUAACCCUAUCUGGCACUAUGUGAAAAAG